GUCUACUUAUGCUCGAGCACUCUUGCCCAGCCUCUAAUAAGAGCCCGAUCGGAUCCCAUGAGUAUGGGGUAACAGCUGUAGCGAGACCUGAGUAAUCGUAUUACCACGUCGUUGGGGAUAUGACAAGGAUUAUGAUCCUAUCACGGGAGCGUGGCUCCGCUCUCUCGGGACUGGGUAUCUAUCUCUGGCGAUCGUCCUAUCCUUACUCAUCCACACCAAUUAUUUUAUAUGUCCGUAAAAUGAUUACUCUUACCUGAACAUAUAAAAUAUCUCUUCUUAUUCUUAUGUAAGUGCUGCAUACCUAGACAAAAUCUGCGAGUGUCCCUUUCGGACUUCUCGGUUACAAAAGCCCCAGUACGGUAUACGUAGCCGCAUAUGUGGUCGAAGAGUCUGGUAUAAAGACGAAUCUUGCUUCUCUAAGCGGUAAAUUACGAUACCUUCAAUGGAUUUCAGUGAAUGGGGGAAGCCGAGCAAGGAGUGGCUCGCCUUCGCAGCGGCCAACGAGGCAGUCUUGUCCUAUUCCGAAGAUCAUCUAUCGUUCCUAGAGCAGCAGGAGAACGCGAAUAAGCUGCGCGGUCACGGGGCCAGGGUCCUCGUCAAGACAAGUGGCGUGGACAAGCUUGUGGCGACAGAGGACUACGUUGUGCCUACGCGCGAUGGCAAUUCUAUCACCAUACGUAGCUACCGGCCGAUCUUGUUAGGGUCUGCUGCGCUACCGGGCUAUGUGUAUUUUCACGGCGGCGGUUAUAGCAUUGGCAGCCUUGACACGGAGGUGUUCGCCUGCUCGUGGCUAGCCCACGCGCUGUCCAUUACGGUUGUGCAUGUAUGCUAUAGGCACACACCGCAGGUCAAAGGAUUGACGCCGUGGCACGACGCCUUGGACGGCUUCGAGUGGGUCGCCACACAUACCGAGAAGUUGGGGAUUAACCCUUCUCGGCUCAUCGUAGGUGGGAUUUCCGCCGGCGGUUCGUUGGCGGCGCGUGUUGUGCAGGAUGAGCUGCGGUGGGCGCGCGAAACAGGCACAAGCUGUCGCAUAAAGGGCCAAUUCCUGGGUAUUCCAAAUGUUUUCCAAUACGAGGCCUUUCCAUAUCACCUCUUUGCUGGAAAGGAAAAGACAUCGAUCUUUCAGUGCCGGGAUGCUGCCAUCCUCUCGGAAAAGCGUAUAAAGUUGUUACGCGAGCUACUUGGCAGCGAGGUUGAUCCCCACGAUCCGAUUUGGAAUCCUGGUCUUACUGAUGAAGAGGAGCUGCGAAGUAUGCCCCAGACUGCCUUCCUCAUUUGUGGCUGGGACCCGCUCCGUGACGAGGGGCUAUUAUACGCGCAAAAGUUGAAGAAUGCUGGUGUCAGGACCAAUGUCCACAUAUUCCCUGGCCUCCCCCAUGCUUUCAACGCUUUCCUACAACUCCCCUCCUCCAAACUUUGGAGUGAAGCUAUGCUCGGUUGUCUGCGUUGGGCAAUGGCAGAUGAGGAUGGAUGGAUUAUUGAAGACGCUCCCGUGAUACCGUGAGGUAUGAACGGAGCCCUAGUGCAUCACAGCUCAGGAGGUACCGGCAUUCUGCAGAAAGGACAAUAUCGACACAACCGUUUCUAGGGUUACUUCCACUUCGAUGGAAAUCGAGGCUUGAAAUCGACUCCCCAAAGUCAUUCAUGCUCUACCAAAAAUGAGAUGAGGCCUAGGAUGUAUGAUACGCCGCCACGACAGCUUAAUGAUCCUUAGGAGAGCAGGGUGUGACCUUGAAGGGCCCGGAGACAUAGCAAUGCCACCUCGAAGUUAGGCUGUGUUGUGUACUUAGUACCAAAUGAUGAAAUGUAUACUGGUAGCCUUAUCUCUAAGGUUAUACCUUCAGACGUGGGCUCCACCCAAAAUCCCAACCCUCAGGCUACUAUUCCCCC